CAUACAUACAGGUCAGCAGAUGCAGCUAGCAGACUGCUGGACUAACAGGAGGAUUACAGGACUCAGAUUACGAUGGCUUCUCUUGGAACAUAAAGGGUUAACAGGAGCAACGUGACAGAAAUAUUUUGUACCCCAGUGAGUGAAUAUCAAGCACAGGAGAAAGUUAACAGGGAGUGUCAUGACCCCACGUGAGCAGCUAAGGAAGAUAACAGCACUGGGAGAGCAAGGUGCUCUAGAUGAGAAACACUGGUACCGACUGGUCAAUGGAAUGUCUACUGGAGAGUUGCGUCAGAGGCAGGAGCUCAUGAUGAGGAACCAGAUGGCAAUGGCUCCACAGAUCCUGGCUCAGGGGCAGCAGAGACUUCAGGGUGUGCCCACACAGUUUGAUCCCCGCUUCAUUGAGAGAGAACUGGUGCCACCCACUGAAAUGGUGUCAGCUGAUGCUAGACAAAUCCACAUGGGUACCCAUCUUGGCCAACCUCCGCCCCAAAAUUCCAACGUUAUUCCAGGCAGAGGAUUCCCUGGAACAGCAGGUUAUGGCUACCUUCCUGCUGAAACCAUGGAAACAGUUGCAAGACGACAAGAGUUAAUUCACAAGCAGAAUAUAGCCAGGAUGGAGAUGAAUGCUAUCCUGCACCAAAAAGAGCUGGAGAAUGCCCACCAAAAGGGUCUGAUUGGCAUGGAGAAUCCCAUGAUGUACCAGGGCAUCCAACACAAUCCCAUGGCCUUCAGGGGCCGCCAGCGACUUCCAGAGGGACAUGAUGUCUUCAUCCACCGUACUGCCCUUGAAGACUUGCAUGCUAACAGUCUCCUCAUGUCAAACCCCUACCCACCAAUCAGCACAUUGCAAAGGGAGCGAGGACGCAGGACAGGCAGAAGAGCCACCAAUCACAAGAGCUCAGACAGCAACCUCACACUCCCCAAAUGCCAAUCAGAAGAGAAGAAUGUAGAGCAAAGUCCAGGAGGUGCUUCAGGGGAGGAGAAGGAGGCAGAAGGAAAAGGUGACAUGAGUAAUGAGGCCCCCAUCAGCAAACCACACCACACCAUUAUGGAAACUGAGCUGUCUUCAGGCAGUAGUAGAAAACGUUUUAAAGAAGGAGAGCCUGGGAUUCACAAAGCCUGUAUUAGUGGACAGGAGGGCUGCUCAGAAGUCACCAACUGCAAACCUAGCACCAUUGACAAAGACAUAUCCAACCCAUGCUCAGCUUUCCAAGAGAAAUUUCUGUACCCUUCUGCCACUGGCCCAACUGGCAUGCCCUACUUGCUUCCUGUGCCAGGAAAAGGAUUUCUACCAUUUGGGUCUCCUAAUAUGUUUCUCAAUGGAGAAGAUGUAUCUUCACAGGAAGAUGUUCGCAAGUGGACAGUUGAUGAUGUCUACAACUUUAUAAGUGAAAUACCAAGCUGCUCUGAAUAUGCACAGACAUUCAAAGACCACAUGAUUGAUGGAGAGACAUUGCCUCUUCUAACAGAGGACCACCUUCUGGACACACUUGGGCUAAAGCUUGGCCCUGCACUCAAGAUACGAUCACUGUUGUCCCGGCGAUUGGGUAACAUGUACUACAACAUGAUGAACUUGCCGUUGCCUGUGUCUGGUCUGCAGCCUGCACUUGAGAAAGGUGGGGACAGAUCAUCAGAUAUCAGCUCCCCCCUUAACUGCAACAGUGUGGAGAUGCUUGGCAGUCCCCGGGACACAGAGGCCCUUAAAUCCACAGAGCCUGUAACUGAAGCUGACAAUUCUUCUCCCACACAAAUGAGUGAGACAGCAUGAAGAAGACAUGAAGAACUACUGGACUAUUCACUUUUUUACCUCAAGAAUCUGUUGUGAUGCCCAAUGCAUUAGGUGUGACAAAGACUUGACAAAGAAGA